AUGGCUGGACAACUUUUCCUUUCUGAUUUACAGACUGGGAAACAUGAAACGAUCGGACAAGACAUUGAGAACUACCUGGCCCCACUGCUGUGUAAGAAGAAUUCUACUAAAAAAGAGGACAAAUCCAAGUAUGGAUUGUACACAGUCAAAUUCCUCCACACAUCUGUGUCACAUGUGAACAACAGUGCAGUAACCAGCAGUCUUCUUCAGGCUGUCCAUAGCUGUUACUUGGGAUACAAGGUUGCGAGGGAUGAGAUUAAACUGAAUGAACCAUUGACUGUGCUAAAGCUUCUGUAUCAUCUGCUAACUAAAUUACCACAAAAGGGAGUUCCUGAAAGUCAGCUGAUUAUCGCUGAAAAUUUACGAGAGGAAUUAUUAUACAACAUUGAAGCCAAGAAUGGAAAUUUGGAUACUAUUAUACAUAACACAUACAGUUAUAUGUGGAAUGUGGCUGCCAAACUGGAACAGGAUCAGGAGACUGGCAACCCAGAUAUUGUUCUCAAACUACGACAUGCAGCCUUGAAAACUCUCUUGUUUGGUCCAUCUACUGUUUCAGUGUUUAUCGAAAAAUAUUUGGUGGCAUUUAGCAGAUAUGACAGAGUGACAGUUCAGUACGAAAACAAAGGCAUGCAAACAGAUGCUGAGAUGUAUGUUAACUUGACACAAGAUCUGUUGUCAAUCCUAACCAAACGGACCUCAGAUGGUUUCUACAUGGAAAAUGAGGCUAGCAGCUUGCUUUCUGUCUUCCUUGGACUCUUCAAGUACAUUCUACAGAGAUCACUUCAACAUAAGGUCGUAGAUUGUCUAAAGAUGCUGGAGGAAACGCAACAGAAAGUGACAAGUCACUUGUCAGACUCUUUCAGUGUUGUCCAAAAUCUCUUUCUUGUAUUUGAUUUGUUAUGUAAGUCUUCAACUGAAAAGUUUGGGAAAAAGAUUGUCUGCCAGUUGUCUAAUGUUGUUGAAAUUUUCUGUAGAACUUUUGACAAAAGUUAUAAAUCAUGGCCACAGAGCUGCAAGGCAUUUCUCAAUGAUAUGAUCACUCUAUUGCUGAAGCAUGUAGAAAGCUGCACAUCCCUUCAUGUUGUGGAAACCAUACAUGAAAUAUUGAGGAUUGGAGGUGUGUUGUUUUCAUCCAAUAUUGACCAUGGUAAACAGGUGUUGACAUCAGUAGAACAUAUACAGUUGUGUCUACGGAUCUUAUUCAAAUACCUGAAAGACACUCAAGGAGGAGAAUCUUACCUGUAUUUCAUGGAAGCUGUGAUAGAGCUGUCUAGUCAUUACGAUACAAUAUUGGAAACUGAUGUGUUGGACUGGUCAGCCAAGAAACUUAACCAAGAACGACACUACUGUGGCUACCUAAUGUCCAAACUUGGUCAUUUGUAUUCUACCAAGGGAGAUAACUCUUCUGCAUGUAAACUCUACACCAUCUCAUGUCACCAGCUGACCAAGUGGGUGCAGUCAGAUCCGUCACUCACACAACAGAGGUUACAGGAGGUCUCCUUAUGGCUGGUGUAUGAGUGUUUGUCAGAUUGUCAAAAAAAAAGUGGUGAUUUACCAAGUGCCAUGGAAACAAUCCAGCAUUGUUUGAUGAUAGAUUCUAGUCAUAUGACCUCAGCUGUCAAGCUCUGGGUGAGAACAAAGAAAGAAGCCAUCAAAAAUGGAAUCAACAGUGUUAAGCAGAUGGUUUUAGGUGAGCGGCUGUGGACAAAAUGUCCAAACACGAAAUUAGACAUCACUGACUUACUUAGCAUGGAGUUACUGGCAUUUAGAAACAAUAGGCGAAGUUACAGUGAGGUGGAGGUGGCCAUACUUAAAGUGAUACUGACCGUCUCAAAAACAUUCACUGUCCAGGCCAGGGCACUCUUAGACAUUGGUCAAUUGUUUUGGAUGAAAGGGAUCACAGAGGACAAGUCUUCACUAGACUACAUACAGGAAGCAGAAGAGCUACUGUCAGAGUCAAAGGAUACCAUGUCUAGUGUACUGCUGGCGGAAGUCUAUCUCUGGUCCUACAUCAUACAGCAUGAGAACCAGUGUCAUCAGAUGUUUGCCCUGUCACAUACCAUGUCGCCAAUGACUGAGGUGAUGAUGACAAGUGACAUGUCUACCAGAGAAUCUGUAGACCCAGAGGAGGAUACUGGUACCCGCUCCUCACUAAAACCUCCAUCUCCAGCUAUGUAUACAGUUGCCAUGGAAACAGUUGCUAUGGAAAAACUGGAAAAAGCCUUAGCAUUGUGGGAAGUGAUACUAACAGGAAGUGAUUGUCUUGACAACAGGACUGACCCCAGUAUCCUUCUGACAACCUUGAUGCUGUGUUCCAGUAUACUGCGACUUUCUAGAAGAAUCAAGAAUGAGCUUCGUGUGCUCUACCUUGCUCAACAACUAGUAGACCAACACCCUACGCUAGACCGGUCAGCCCUGGAUAUUAGGAUGUUGGAGGCACGCAUUCUGGUGGGACAAACAGAAAAAAGCUGUACUGAACCUCAGUGGCCAAAGGAUGCUGACCGGCUGGCUGACCUUCAGGGACCACAGAGGGACAUGGUUCUACAGUCCAUGUUGGUCCAUAUUUAUCAGGCAUACUGCCACAAGCAGCUGGAAUUUGGUAUGAGCAGACUGACCUCUGUUAUAUCCUUCCUGGAGUCUCAAGAGUCCAGGACUCGAUCUGUGUGUUCUGCUGAAGGCACUGCCAAGCGUCUCAUGUCCAUGUUCCUGGGACUUCCCAACUGCUUGCAGCAGUACCAGAGCAUGUACUCCUUGGACUUUGCGCUUGAUGCCAUCAGGAUGCACACAGGUGUUAUUCAACUCAUUCUGGGGAAGGAGUUCCUUAACUUUACAACAGAUGAAUUUUCAGGCAGCAAUUCAUUAGACAAGUGGUCAGCAGUAGAGGAUCUGGUGGAGUCUCUGUUACACCUUGGUAAGCUGUAUAGUCUGACUGGAGAGGAAAGGGAAGCAAGAUGCUUUCUCCGAGAGGGCUGGCAACUGUCUCACCAUCUCUGUUUACCCUACUGGACGAUACAGUUUCUUAUUGAGCUGGCGAAAAUUCACCAUCUGUCCGGAAACAUUGACAAAGCAACAAGCACGGUGUUGGACUGUCGUCAUGUUUUAGAAAGUUGUACACUUGAUCGGAUUGCGCCCUUUUCCCUACAAUUGAAAAUGAAAUCUCCAGUAUCUUCAAAAAUCCCACCAGAAAAAUCUGUCAAAAGAAAACUUGAGGAAAACUUUGGAUUUGAAUGUGAGGAGGAUCUGGUACAAAAUCUGGAAGAAGAUCUUUCUAAUCUUUUAGUUCUGCCAAAGUGUUUUGAGCACAUUAAAGAAAAGAAAUACUGUGAUGUCUGUACAGAUCCAUGGAUGUCAUUGUGUGUCCUACAUGUGGGAAUGAUGGUAAUACAUUGUCAGGUCAGUCUUGAUAAAGAAGUGUCAGAUACUUUAAAACAAAUUAAAAAUAUCUGUGAGUCUUGCAUGUCCCAUGAAACAUCAGUGACAAACAGCAAAACAGAGAAAAGAAAGCAAAAGAAAAAGAUGACUGACGUUAAUGUAACACCAAAACUGAUCACAGCUCAAGUAGAUAAGUUGUCAUUCAAGGAGCUUUAUUUGGAGGUGACGACAAAACAGGCACAGAUUUUUUCAGAUUCUGGAGAUCUGGAACUGUGUGCCAGUGUAGCCACAUCUGGAUUGGCAAUCUGUGAGACGGUCCCUGGGGUUUCUGUUUAUGUCAGUCAACUAGAGGCAUAUCUUCGCCUCUGUCAAGUAUUGUCUCAAUGUGACUCACUCUUCAACACCUCUCAGCAGGUUAUAUCAGGGAACUGUUCUGCCACCAACCUCUCAGCCAUGUCAGAUCUGUUCUACAAUGAUGAUGACAUGGCACAAGUUACUUCAUCCAUGUCAAAGGUCAAGAUCAAUGAUUGUUCAAAUGUUAGCACAGCACUAAGUGAUAUGGAUACUGAGGAAGUAGAAACUGAAAGUGACCAGAGGAGAAAUAGAAAAAAUAAUUUGCUGACAGAUAAUAACAUCCCAAGUCAAGUCAAGAAAAACACAACAAAGAAAGCAGCAGUUAAAAGAGUAAAGUUACUGAAAGAGGAAGCUAUCAGUAGUACACCAAAACAUGAGUGGUCAAAUCUGAGCAAAACUGACCUGUGUGAUACUCCAAGUGGUCAGCAAUAUGUGUACACUGACAAUGAUGAGGCUGUGUCUAUGCCUCUCAAGACCCCUCGAAGUGUAUGUAGUCGCAAGGCAAGAUUGGAUCAUCUGUUAGAUGAUAGUGAUGAGGAAACUAACGUCAAGUCUGUGCGAGGAAAAACAACUAGCAAGAAAAAUGCUAAAAAGUCCAGGAAGAAAAGCGAUGACAACAGCAUAGUCAUGAAGACACCACAACUUAACUUGUUGAAAGAAAUUACAUGUACAGAGGAAAAUGAUUCCAACAAAAAAGGACGAUCGAGAAUUCCUUGUCGUGUUAAGACUACAAAGACAAGUAUGGAUACAAAAGACAAUAGUAAGCAGAAAUCAAGAGUGAAUCAAGAUGAAGGAAAAACAAAAUUAACCAACAAAAAAAAUCAAGUUUGUGACAAAAUUGUUAAAGGACGUCAGGGUAAGAAAGAUAAUAAAUGCCUGUCAUCAAAAAAUGUUGCAGAUAUUGAAUUUGAGCGAAAGAAUGAAGAUUCAGACAUCAGAUGUGUAGCAUCUGUUGCCACUGAUGUGUACAGUUUUGAUAUCUCUGAUGAGGAGGAGGUGGGAAGGUGUGUUACAAAAGCAAAUAAGAAAACAACGGGAAAAUGUAAACCUGCAACAAGUAAAUGUUUAGUCAAGGGGAAAAGCCGAACACAGACAGCCCAGAACUCACGUAAACUGAUCGGACAUGAAAUGGUUAGGGACAAUACUGAGGAAGAAGAGGACAAAAUAUUCAACCUGGCUGAAUGUGUAGAUAUGCAGAUACUAGAUUUAGAGGAGUCGUUCUCACCCAAUGUGGAGUCAAGCUUGAGGAGUGUUGUGGAGAAUGACAUGAAAAAUUUAAACAGUCCUUCAGUAUGUGAUGUGCAUGACCAGAUGAACAAUUUAAGCCCAGCAGCUCUAAACAUUGUCCCUGCUGAGGAACUGCUUGAUUUGGAUGAGUCCAUUGAAUUAUUGAGAGGUGAUGACAAGGGAAAGAGGAAAGGCACAACAGCAAAUACCAAGAGAGGGCGAGGGAGAAAGAAAGAGGAGUCAUCUGUCUCUGACACUGGGUCAACCUCAGGGGAGACAACUGAGGUCUUGCGAUCCACACAGCUUCUCAAUACCAAGAUUCCACAGAUGACCGGCUUUUAUGAACCUGUGGUCAAAAUACCACAAAAUACAGUGCCAGUCAUACAGGACAGUAGUGAAGCACGUCAGCUAGACACCUCCUUAGUCGACACCCUCGAAAAAGCAUUCCAACAAGUACGCCACAUGCCGUCGCCUGGUCUGUACAGUCAGAUCUGUCACAUUAAGUGUCUACAGCAUAUUGAGUCAUCUCCCCUUAAGGCUGCGUUCUAUCUUUGUGAAGCACUAGCUAUUACAUUUCGUCAUCAAGCUCUAGUUAACUCCGGCAAGAAAAUCAGAAAGGUGAAGCGCCAUCAGAAUGUGGAGCAGAUUGAAGUGACAGAGGAACCAACUGAAGCAGAGAGCCAAGUUUUCAAUGAUAAAGAAAACUUGAAUUCUAAUGCUAAGACUCCUAAACCAAAACAGAAUGAUCGAAUACAAAGAAAGGAUUCUAAACGGAUGGUGGGACAAAAUUAUGAACAAACAACAGCCAAAUGUAGCAGGGAGGAGGACACUGGGUUGGAUAAGCUUAGGAUUGAACAAGAUUGUCUGCAAUUUACAAAAUCUGAACAGGAUCUUCAAAAGAUGAUAGAGAGGCUUCCUGAUGGUAUGGUUGUGUGUCAUUUGUCUGUUGUGAGUCAUCCAACACAUCACUCACAACUAUUGGUCAGUCGGUUUGAGAAACACUCGGAGCCAGUCAUCAUCAGUCUGACAGGAAUCUCCUGUCUUCUGGGACAGCAGAUUCUACCUGAGUGUACAGCAGUGAUGGAGGAGAGUCGACAGAGUCUCAAACUGACGAAGAAGGCUGAAUGGUGGAAAGUGAGGAGAGGAUUGGAUGAUCGCCUGCAUAGUGUGCUGGACGGUAUAGAGAACAACUGGCUGGGUCACUGGAAGGUCUUACUACUAGGCAGUAUAUGCGUGAAUGAACAGGACAGAGAGAAAUUAGCCACCCUAACAAAGUCUGUUCAGACUGAAAUACAGCAGCGCACUGGAGCAGUAGUGUCCAGUGCCAAGCUUAGGGUUUUACUUCAGUCUGGAGACAACUUAUCUGACCAACAUCUGACCACUGCAUUGUCUGAACUGACCAGGUAUCCUCUUGGGUCUGCAGUUAUAGCUGACCUUGUUUUCUCAGUCAGAAGUCUGUGUAGGGAUGCUGGAAUACCUUGCGAGGACAAUAAACCACAGCAUGUCAUAUUAGUACUUGACAAGACUAUUCAACAUCUCCCCUGGGAAAGCAUACCGAUACUGAGGAAAAAUUCAGUUUCUCGGGUUCCAUCUUUCUAUCACAUGUGUGUUCAACUAUCUCUCCUCCAGGCAGACAAGGGCUCCAUAUACAAGAGAGGAAUCAACAGCAGGCAGACAUUUUAUUUUCUGGAUCCGGACGGCAAUCUGUCCUCUACAAGAGAGACAUUUCAGGCUUGGUUUCAAAAAGAGCCUGGAUGGAAGGGGCUUGUUGGAGAGAAACCCUCAGCUGAACAGUUCAAAGAUGCUUUGACCCGGAAUGAUUUAGUGCUCUACUGUGGUCAUGGCAGUGGCAGCAAAUAUUUCCAUGGCGAUGACCUUCAGCAGGUCAACUGUCGAGCUGCAACCAUUCUGAUGGGCUGUAGCAGUGGUCGUCUACAGGUCAAAGGUCAAUUAGAGGCUUCUGGGAUCAUGCUGAACUACUUCCUGUCAGGAUGCCCAUGUAUUGUAUCCAACCUGUGGGAUGUGACUGACCGUGACAUUGAUCGGUUCUUGGAGAGUCUGUUGUCCACUUGGCUGGCUGCAGACAAGCCUAGUUCCUUAAUGGAUAUCCUGCCAGCAGCAAGGGAGGUAUGUCAGCUGCCGUACCUCAUUGGUUCUGCUCCUGUUGUGUAUGGUUUCCCAGUGUACAUGAGCUCCUGA